UGUGUGUGUGUGUGUUCAGGAGCAAUGCAGUAAGAGUGAGCGUUGAGCUGCAGCAGCAUCAGUGUCUCAGUAUCAGUCGCUCUGCAGCAUGCAUCAGGAAACACACUUCAUCCACACUUUCUGCUCCACAGGAUGUGAGUUCAGAUAAGCAAUCAGGAUGGUAGCAGAGACCCAGGCUGAUGCGGACAUACCGAAGCGAUGGAGGAGACAACGCCAGACCCCGCUUUUGUGGACGUGGACCAGGGUAUGACCCUGGCAUGCAUCGCCUUCCUAUGUCUGCUUCUGGUGGCAAUGAUCAUCCGCUGUGCCAAAGUCAUCAUGGACCCCUACAGCGCCAUCCCCACCUCCACCUGGGAGGAGCAGCACUUGGACGACUAGCAGAUUUCCCCAAGACCUCGCCGAAUAAACAUGCACCUGCAUUCAAUCAAUGUUUACACCAAUGCACGGAUAUCUACGGGAUAUUUAAGCCGAUAGUCAUCUUCUCGCAUGCAGCAUCACUGGCUUUGAAGACGUCUGCAUGGAAACGGAGCUGAAUUGAACCCAACUCUAUUAAACGAGAAGGCAUGCAUUUUGAAAUGAAGCGGAUUUUGACAUCAAUGUCCUCUUUUUUGCUUCUACCCUGGAUGAGGUUUAGUAAAACGAAAUCACUCCAAAGCACAAAAUCUGACACUUCCAUGUUCUCACAACCAAUGCAUCCUGAAUUUGUAAUAAUAAAAUAUGUAUAUUUUUAUCUUUAAUAAGGUUAUACAAGAAACACAUCCAAUUAAGGCAUGGAAAACACUUCUAGCUAUACAAGCUCCACAAUUUUACAGCGUUGCCACAAGGGGUGCUAUAGCCUUCUUACUGUCCGUUUUCUUUUACACAGUCAUGGUGGAACAACAGUAAGUUAGGAGGUUAGUCAACAGCCAAAAUGCUAAUUAUGAUUUAAUAUAACAGUAAUUUACAGUUAACUAUCGCCCCCUUGAGUAGCACCACUGCAAAUACAGUAUUUACAAUGGGACUGCAUACUUGCAAUACAUUGGUCAAGCAUUCGCAUUUACAGACAUGCAUAAGUAUGAGCUUAAUUGUUAUUAAGUUUUGCAAGAAGACAAAACUUUGACUGAAGGCCUUGUGGAAACGCCCAAAGAUGAAAAACGCCAUAAACUCUCUUUAAAAGAGCUCUCUCUCAUUUAUCGGCUCUUACGAUCUGAUCCCCUGAUGUGGUUUGAUUCUGUUGUCCUUGACAAAGUGUACGCAUUAGCAGAGAGCUAUAGUCUGCACCGCAUGAUAUCAAGUGUCUCAGCUGAGGUUAUAUAAAUGAAGUGGACAAAACAACUAAACACCAGUGUCCUGUCUGAUGUGCUACAUAUCUGUUCUCAACCACAAUAAAGAUGAUAGUAAUUCUAGUAUUUCUGGUGAAUUAUCACCAACCAUUGGUGAGUACACUGCAAAUCUUCAAGCUUUAUAAUGGGAUUUUAAACACCACACUAAAUUAUGGGGGGAAUUCGGGUCUAAUCCAGUCAUAUCACACUAAUUUAGGAUUUUAGACAAUACAUAGUU